UGAGAGUUAUAAAUAACCAUUAGGGCCUGAGCAAGUGGCCUUAACACAUGGGUUUUCUUCCAAAAAUGCAGGCCCAUUUUAAUUAAAUUAACCUUAGGGGAGGGCAGGCCCCCUGGACUCCUGCACUUUGGCGACACCAGCAAGAUGGGGAUCAUGGCUGUCCUGAUGUUACCCCUACUGCUACUGGGUAUCAGCGGCCUCCUCUUCAUCUAUCAGGAGGUAUCCAGGCUGUGGUCAAAAUCUGCUGUGCAGAACAAAGUGGUGGUCAUCACUGAUGCCAUCUCAGGACUGGGCAAGGAGUGUGCUCGGGUGUUCCACACAGGUGGAGCAAGACUGGUACUAUGUGGAAAGAGCUGGGAGAGGUUGCAGAGCCUCUACGAUGCCUUGACCAGUGUGGCUGACCCCAGCAAGACAUUCACCCCAAAGCUGGUCCUCCUGGAUCUCUCAGACAUCAGCUGUGUUCAAGACGUGGCCAAAGAGGUCCUGGAUUGCUAUGGCUGUGUGGACAUCCUCAUCAACAAUGCCAGUGUGAAAGUGAAGGGGCCUGCUCAUAAGAUUUCUCUGGAGCUCGAUAAAAAGAUCAUGGAUGCCAAUUACUUUGGACCCAUCACCUUGACCAAAGUCCUGCUUCCCAACAUGAUCUCCCGGAGGACAGGCCAGAUCGUGUUGGUGAACAACAUCCAAGGGAAGUUUGGGGUCCCCUUCCGCACAGCUUAUGCAGCCUCCAAGCAUGCUGUCCUUGGCUUCUUUGACUGCCUCAGAGCGGAAGUCGAGGAAUAUGACGUGGUGGUCAGCACCGUGAGCCCAACUUUCAUCCGGUCCUCCCAUGUUUAUCCUCAGCAAGGAAAUUGGGAAGCCUCCAUUUGUAAAUUCUUUUUCAGGAAACUGGCCUAUGGUGCACACCCAGUGGAGGUGGCUGAGGAAGUGAUGCGCACAGUGCGAAGGAAGAAGCAAGAAGUGUUCGUGGCCAACCCAGUCCCCAAGGCCGCUGUGUUCAUUCGCACCUUCUUCCCCGAGUUCUUUUUUGCUGUUGUGGCCUGUGGGGUGAAGGAGAAGCUCAAUGUUCCAGAGGAGGGUUGACUGUGAGAGCCCAAAGGGGUCACUAAAUGGGAAUAAAGGCUUUCCUAGCAA